CCAAAUUGUCUGACCAGAAAAGUAAAUCAUUUGCGAAACCCUAGCUCUGCUAGAUUCUUGUUAGUAUCGUACUCCUGCGAAAAGGGAAAAUGAAUCAUGGUCCCGUGAUUCUUGCAACGGCUAGCCAUGAUCAUACCAUCCGAUUAUGGGAAGCCCAAACCGGUCGCUGUUUCCUUGACUUUGACUACUAUGAUCCUGCUUUGGUGCCUGAGGGUCAAUUGCAUGUAAAUAGGCUUGAGAUAACCCCAGACAGGCGUGGACUAGUAGCAGCUUGCAAUCCUCACAUACUACUCUUCGAUCUCAAUUCCAUCGACCCUCAUAUACCUGUGAGGACUUUUGUAUCACACACCAACAAUGUUGUGGCAGUAGGAUUCCAGUAUACUGGAAACAUGAUGUAUUCAGGAUCAGAAGAUGGCACAGUUAAGAUCUGGGACUUAAGGGUUCGGGGAUGCCAAAGGGAGGUUAUUAAUGAUUCACCAGUUAACACAGUUGUUUUACACCCAAAUCAGACUGAAUUGAUAUCUGGAGACCACAACGGCAAUAUACGUGUAUGGGAUCUCAGAGCAAAUUCGUGUAGCUGCGAACUGGUACCAGAAGUUGAUACACCUGUACGGUCUUUAUCCGUUAUUUUGGAUGGGACAAUGGUUGUUGCUGCUAAUAACCGUGGAACUUGUUAUGUAUGGCGCUCAUUGAGUGGAAGACAAACGAUGACGGAGUUUGAGCCUCUUCAUAAGCUUCAAGCUCAUAAUGGUUACAUCCUUAAAUGCCUCCUUUCUCCUGGAAACAAGUAA